AUGGCGAGCCAAUCCGACGACGAAGAGGGCUACGUCCCCAGCAAAUCUAUGGUCUCGAGGCUGCUCACAGUACUCCCAGUCGAGACACGUCUCCAGAUCUACAAGGAAGUCUUCCGUGGUUCGCGAGUAAUACUCCUAUCAGUCAAUCCACCUUACCCAUGGAGAAAGAGUUUUGCGCUUCGACCCUCACACCACCAUCAACUCCUCCUCGUCUGUACUCAGAUCUACGCCGAGGCGCUGUCCACCUACUGGUCCUCAACCAUCGUCGACAGCGCUCUGAACCCACUUUUCGAGACCGUCGACUUUUCCGAAGUCUUGCGAACGAUCCCCACUUUCGCACGACCUGUCAUCAGGGAGAUCCGGUGCAAGGGCUUCCGAGAGAGUGUUCCGGGUCUCAAUCUCAAGCAGUUCGUGGACCGUUUUGCCAGAAUUGAGACCGUCGUGAUGGAGCCUGCUUUCCUCUACGUCUCUCGCCGCUCCUACAAUAAUAGCGACUGGUCUGCCAACAUGAUCAUCAACAAGGUGCAGCGUGACUUGCGCAGACGGUUUCCUAUGUUUGGCUUUGAUGGUACCAGCAACAUUCAGGUCCUGCAGAGGGUGCAGUUCCCUGUGGUCGUCCGCUCGAGGGGUAUGCAAAUCCGGUUGGGCGCCAGAGACAAAUCCUAUCCUGCCAAGAUCUUCUUCAUCAACCACUUCAAGGGCCUUGUUGCCGAAGGCAGCAUUGACACACCGGAUGAGGUGGGCUUUCAGGAGGUCUUGUGA